CACACACACACACACACACACACACACACACACACACACACACACACACACACACCUUGACUAGGCGAGGAGAGGCAUCGCAGUGAGGGUCGAUCACACCCUCGGUUCUAAACACGGUCACAUUAUCAAGUCAACCUUUUCCUUCCACGCACAAUCAAGGAACGACCACACAUACGAGUUUCUCAAUAAGUGCUACAGUUUUCCACCCAAUAAAGUUCUUCAUGGAAUGGACAGUUUUCUAAUAUGGAACUAUGCCUCGUAUUGAGAAGACACCACUAACUCUUAGAACAUCGUGAAAUGCUGAUGACGGGGGGCGAAGGAAGAAUGGCUCGCAUCCACUGCAAGAUCACGCCCCUGUCCGUCUACCUGGUGGUGCUGGCCAUGUACAGCACCCUCAUGAUGCUGGCCUGUCUCGAGAACGAAGAGCUGAACCGUGUGGCGAGGGAACAAAAACAAAAGACUGCAGCGCCCCUACAAGAUGACAUGGCUAUCGUGAGGGACAGGAGGUCACAGCACGGGAAGUGGCUGAGGACCGUGGAUGACUUCUUCAAGCGUAUGGGGACCCUGGAAACCACCUGUUCCAAGAUGGUCUCCCUCGGCGGUACCUACUGCAGAAGAGCUCUGGAUAACAACAAGGUCGUGUGUCUGGACGAGGACGUGACACUAAAAUCCACCAACUGCACCGUCUACUCCUUCGGGAUUGGCGCCGACACAACCUUUGACGACCAGAUGAGCCACUACGGGUGUGACGUGUUCAUGUUCGACCCCACGGUGAACCAAGAGACCAUUGUGUCCACCAACCUCAAGAACGAGCGCUUCCACCUCCUUGGCCUCGACAUCUUCCGCUACAACCGCACGCACAUGAACGAGUACCCCGACGGGAAGAAAGAAAACGUUACGGGGGAGUUCGACACUUACGACAACAUUCGACGUCGCCUGGGCCACGAGUCCCGCCAUGUGCACUACCUCAAGAUGGACAUUGAGAACACUGAGUGGCGCGUUCUACCUAAUUUGGUGGAGGGCGGGAGGCUGGAGGGCGUACGUCAGCUGGCUAUUGAGAUUCACACCAUGGACAUCAUCACAGCGCCCGCACACCAGGUGCUGCCUCUCCUUCGUCAGUACUGGCAGGUUCUGGAGCGCCUCACUCGCCUGGGCUUCCUCCGCGCCUGGUACCGCCCUAACCUGGUACUGGAAACCCUUUACUACGUACCAGGAGAGAACAGGACCAUUGCCACGUGCUUUGAAGUUCUCUACCUGCGCCGUGGUCCUGUCUAUUAAUUAAGCUAUAGGUGUGUUUAGUGCUUCGCCUCCUCCUCCUCCUCCUCCUCCUCCUCCUCCUCCUACCGUUUGUUGAUGGUUUAGUUAUUGUUAUUGUACAGUGAGGUUAGGUUAGGUUAGGUUAGGUUAGGUUAGGCUAGGCUAGGUUAGGUUAGGUUAGGUUAGGUUAGGUUAGGCUAGAUACUGCUGUCAUAGUCUGGUUAAUAUUGUUGCUGCUAUCACUACUACUACUACUACUACUACUACUACCACCUUCACCUUAACUAUAUACAAUACUACAACAACAACUACCACAACAGCAACUUUUCCCCACUCUGUUUCAUUUCACCUAUUUUCCUUUCCAUUUUCCCUAUUUCUGAGUUCGAUUUUUUUUUUCCCCUGCAUAUGACGCGCGUUUGUGAAAAGACAGUGUUACGAUGAAGAUGUUUUUUUCUGUUU